AUGAUAAGGUCACAAGAUGCUCCAGUGAAUGAUCGGGUUGUUGUUCAUGCUGAGAAUGUUAAUGCUGGAGGAAAUGUGAUUCCUGUUGGUUAUGUUCCACGACCUAAGGAAUUCAAGUUUGAGAGUUUCAAGAGAUGUGGUGCAAAAGACUUUUAUGGUAACCUUGAUGCAGUUGGUUGUAUGGAAUGGCUAGAAGAUAUUGAAGUUGUGUUUGCUUCAUGUAAUUGUCCUGAAGAUAAGAAGGUGUUGAGUGCUUCUAGAAUGUUGAAAGAGGGUACUCGUGAUUGGUGGAGGGGCACUACGGUUUCUAUGACCCCUGCUGUGAGGUCUGCUUUGACUUGGGAUCAUUUUAAGGAGAAGUUCAUGGAAGAGUAUAUUGGUACCCGUGAGAAAAGGUUGCUCGAGAAGGAAUUUCGUGCUCUUAAAGCUGAUGUUGGAGGCAUGGCCGAAUAUGCUCGUUCGUUCAUGUCAAAGAUUAAGUUUGUGGAGCACUUGGUUCCUAAUGAAGAAGACAAAGUUGCUGCUUAUGUAGAUGGUAUUCCAGCUAGCUAUCGAGGUAUCUGUAGGCAACAUGCCACUCUUGCAGGUGCUAUCAAGGAAUCUAAGAAGCUGGUUGAUGAUUUCAAGACUGAGAAGGCUACUGUGAAGGCAAAUGAUGAUAAGAAAUCUGGUUCUAAAAGGAAGUAUGAUGGAUCAUCGGGUUCUAGUGGAAAGUUCAAGAAAAGAUCAUCGUCAACGGGUGUAAGCAACAACUAUGCAAAGCCGAAGAACUGA